AUGCCCGAGUUUGGGACGAGCGAUUCGUCGUUCUUUGACGCUUUAGACGUGAGUCUGGAGUACGCGACUUUCCCCCAUCUCACUGGUGUUAAGUGGGAUGCCCUAAAUCGCCUCGCGGCGAUAUCUGGAGGUGCAUUCGUUGUGUCGCUGAUGAAAUCAGCUACUCUUGAUGGACAGCGUCUCGCCAUACACGACUACAUGGCUCGCGAGCUCGCCAAAUUCAAUCGGCGAGGCUCACUCUCUCGCGGACUUCACGGAACGAUGCUUUGA